AACGUAUACCGGUCGCUGGAUAAAAGUUAAUUCGUAGGAAAAUUUAAUUAUACAAUUAGUGGAUAAUAAAUAAUACGUAAGAAGGCAGGUGAUGAAAAUUUAAAGUCCGUCGUUAAUGUUGAGUUUACCAUUGGCUUAAGGUACCCUGGAAACUACGAUCUUUGGACAAGGAAAUGGAUCUGUUGCGAGCUUUAAUUGUUGUGUCAGAAAAGGCCGCAAAUGUCGCCAGAAUUUGCAGGCAAGAUAAACAUCUCUUUGAACUUCUGGUCCAGAAGAAAAAAGCCAGUGAGGCAAAUCCGCGAUUCGUGGACGAUUUUAAAACACUGGCGGACGUGCUCAUACAGGAAAUGGUGAAACAUGAUAUUGGUAACAAGUUUCCAGGAUUGGCGAACGAUAUACGUGGGGAAGAGAAUAAUGUGUUUUGUAAUAAGCUAGGUGAAUCAAUCAACGUACAAGUUAUGAACAGUGUCGCAGAAACAUCGAAUUUGUUGCAGAAGGUCUUGAACGGAGACGAACAUGCUGCCAAUUUACUUGCAACUGAAGUUCACAGAGAGAUAAAAAUGCAAGACGUUGAUACAGAACUUCCAAUAAAAAAUUUCGAUGUCGACAUAAAUAAUGUUGGCAUUUGGAUAGAUCCUAUAGACUGCACCGGAGAAUAUAUAAAUGGCGUGGAUUCGGAGUUUGAAAAUGGAUUGUAUUUGUCUGGCCUCAGAUGUGUAACGGUUUUAAUUGGAGCGUAUAAUAAAGAAACGCAACUUCCCAUAAUGGGGAUUAUCAAUCAACCGUUCGUGGAAGAAAAAAGCUCUAGAUGGAAAGGGAGAUGUAUAUGGGGCGUAGCUACCGGUAAUCACACAUCAACGUCUCAGAAGUCUCACAUCCCCCGCCAUCACAUACUGUGCCUCAGCAGCACUGAGAGUAUCGAGGUGAAAAUCAAACUACAAGAAAACGGUUUCAAAUUGGCCGAAGCCUCUGGAGCAGGGUAUAAGAUACUGAGCGUGAUUUUGGGGUUGGCAGAUGCCUACAUACUUUCCAGGAGUUCGACAUACAAAUGGGACACCUGCGCUCCCCAUGCUAUCUUGAAGUCCCUCGGCGGGGAUAUAUUCAUUUACGAGGAAGCAUUGCAAAACAAGAUGACACCCAUCAAGUAUCCUCCGGAGGCCGAGGGCAGUAAAUACAGUAAUUGCGGUGGACUGAUUGCUUACAAAGACCCGGAAGUUUUAAGUGAGGUUUUGUCAUGUUUAAUUUAAUAAAUUAUUCAUUAUUAA